CGAUACAGACAGCACAACAUGUCCGCCCCCGCAUCUCGCGCCCUGAGGCGCUGCGUCUGCGCCGCCCGCCCUGCGAUGGGGGUCCGCCCGGCCGUUGGAAGAGCACAGCAGAGGAUACAGCGGAGAUGGCAGUCUGAUGCGGCGGCGCCUGCGAACCCCAAGAUUGCGACGAUUGUGGAUCAGAUCAGCCAAUUGACGCUGCUCGAGACAGCAGACUUGGUCUCGACACUGAAGACCCGCCUCAACAUCCCCGACAUGCCCGUGGGCGGCUUCGCCGCUGCCGGUCCCGGCCCCGCCGCCGCAGCACCCGUCGAAGAAGAGGAAGCCGCGCCCGCCGCUGCCGAGAAGACGCUCUUCAACCUGAAGCUCGAGAAGUUUGACGCCGGGUCGAAGCCCAAGGUGAUCAAGGAGAUCAAGAGCAUGCUGGGCCUCUCGUUGGUGGAUAGCAAGAAGUUCGUUGAGAGCGCGCCGAAGAUGAUGAAGGAGGGUGUGCCCAAGGAGGAGGCGGAGAAGAUUGUUGAGACGCUGAAGGCGCUCGGUGCGACCGCCGUCAUGGAAUAAGCUGUGUUUUGCGGGACGGCGUGCAAAAGGGAGUGGAGAGAUGACACUGUAUCAUAGCGAGCUGUGGCGUGUACAGAUAUGUAUGGCAUAUGACAUUGGUCGAUCUUCUUGGAUGUGUUGAGUAUACGUGCAGUACAAUAGAC